GAUACAGAAACUUGGCACAGUCUGAAAUGAAUAUAGAUUCUCUGCGCAUGUGGGAGAAGUGCAUAUCUAUAUCUCGCCGCAGCGCUUACAAGUACAGGUACGGAUGACAGAUGGCUCCUACUGUACUUGAGAAGCACAUCGCUGCUUCCAAACAAUAAAUUGACCUAUAUUGGCAUUGUGACAUGUCCCCUCAAAUUCAUCUCCUCGAGUCAAACAAAACACACACGCAAACAUACCACAACCAAGAACUGUCAAGGUCAUUUCUGAUUCCGCGUUUUCGACUCAAUAGUUCAUAUUGAUUAUCUAGUUUUUCGGUCAGAGUUUCUGUCAAGGAAGUCAAACAAAGCUGCCUUCCCCACCACACCACAAUCCCACCAAAAUACUGCCACCGCUCCACCGCCCAAAUCUCACCCAAUCAAGCGUAGUGCUUCAAAACUACAUCAUGGAUCCAGCCAGACCAGCUCCACUGCGCAACAGUAGACUUCUCAAUUCCAUUGAAGAGCCGACUUUUCGCGCAAAUCUACCAGAUCCGAUACCAGCCAAGCCGCUCAAAGGGAAGGUUAAGUCAGCGCCAACAGAGAUGGACCCCUUCGAAGUGCGCAUUCGCUUUACGCAAUAUUUGCAACAUUUGAAUGCAAGUGUUACGAGUGCGAAUAAGACGGCACAAUAUGCGUUGAAAUAUAGAGAUAUGGAUGAGGAUUUGCAUAGUUGCAUUCUAGAACAACUGGAGAAAAAUUCUAUGAACAACAGAGCAAACAUCAUGUUUUUUAUCGAAAUUUUAUGUGAUAUGGCAUCGAGAGAAGGACACGACGAUUAUGUGCGCAUGAUGCAAAGAGACAUUCUACGGGUAGUUGAUGCAGUUGCGCCAGAAGAUGGAUCCGGAGCAGCAAAUGUCAAAGUAGUGCGCAAAGUUCUCCAAGGUCUUCAACAAAAAUCCUUCCUCUUACCACAAACUGUCACGGAAAUCGAAGAAUGUCUCAAGGAACGCGACACCCAACCCGAUGCACUCAUGUCUUCUCCGCCCGCAAACGAAGCCAAUGGAAAUGGAACUUCACAACAUGCUACUCCCAAACAAGCUAAACCAAACGGGGUCGCGAGAUUGGAUAAGAGGCAGAUUGAACAGAGAAUUGAAGAGGAUCGCGAAAGACAUAAGAGAUUGAGAGAACAUAUCUGGGCUGUACCGGCCACGGGUCCUAAUUCGGAAUUCGAUAAACUGUGGGAUGAAACGAGCGAUUUGGGAGAUGAUGAUAUGGAUUUAUAUGAGGAAGAAGCCAUGGAGAGAAAAGAGGCCGGAAGGGAAUGGUUUAAUGAGCAAGUUCAUAAAAGUAGACUUGAGGGUCAAUCUUGAAUGGAGGGUUAGUUUUUCCCGGUCAUGGCGUUAAAAUUGCAUUAUAUGGCGGAGUUCGUGCAUUGGCGUUCUACGGUUAUUCAGGUAUACCGGGGAUCAUUAUGUGGCACAUACUUGGACGGCGUGGUUAUAAAUAGGUUUCAGGACUUUUGCAUCACACGACUAUAUAGUCUUAGUGCUCAUUUGUAUGGACAGCACUGAGGAGUCGGCACAUAAAAUGCGGUAAUGUCGUUUUUAUCAAACAGAGAUUUCGUGGUAAAAUCCCGUUUUCAAUAUGGAAACAGGGAAUGUGGGACCUUUAAAAUCAUGGCAACUAUCUCGUUAAAUAAGCAAUCUCUCAAAAUCAUCUUUGGUUACCCUACAGAUUUACUGUUCCAUUCAAGGAGUGCAAGUAUCGGGCAAUGUAUAUGUUUUUACCAGUGUAUGCAACAUACCCAUCUCCCAUGCGACAUCAUCUUCGCAUCCAGCCAAAAAUUCAGCCUGUGAAUCUUAUAUUUUGUA